UCCCUCGGAGGACGGAGGAGGAGACGGAGCGCGCGCUGCACACACACCUGAUCAGCGUGGAUCGAUAGAGUCUAAUCAGAGCUGAUCAGCGGUAUCGAUCAGGGUGAGCCGGGGACAGUCGACAUGAGCCCGCCCCGCCCUCUGACCGCCGCCGGGAGCUGAUGAAGAUGAUGAAGGUGCUUCCUCAGCUGCACGCGCACCACAAGUGAUCCGGUCUAAGAUGCCACCGGGACCCGGAGCUCGGCACGCGGCUCGGAUCGAGAACAACCCGGGAUAACAGAAACCAGAACAGACAGAAACCAGACGCCAAAACCAGAACCAGAGCAGAGUCCAGAUCCUCGGGGAGUCCGCCCCGAGCCGGGACCGGAGCCGGGACCGGAGCCGGGACCGGACCCAGGAGGGAGACCCGGGAGGAGCCGGGACCGGAGCGCACUGAGAGCGUAAAGAGAGGACAGAGAUCAAUCAAUCAAUCAAUCAAUCAAUCGAUCGAUCAGUCCCGGCUGUGCUCCUUCAGGUCCGCAUGAUGCGGGUCCGGUUCCCGGUCCUCCUGGUGCUGCUGGCGGCGGCGCUGCUCCGGAGCUUCGGCGGCCGAGCGGAGAGGCAACUGGACGGACGCAGCCUGUCGGAGCUCAUAGGACGGAUCCCGAGGACCGGAACCGGAGUCAGACAGAGCAGAGGUCAGCCAGGACCGGAGGCUCACCACCAAGAUCCACGAUACAAGGAGAAGUUAAUCAUACACCUGACAGGUCCUCUUUACUUCAACCCAAAGUGCAGAAAACAUUUCAACAGACUGUACCACAACACCAGAGAAUGCACAGUACCUGCCUAUUAUAAAAGAUGUGCCCGUCUGCUGACUCGACUGGCCAGCAGUCCUCGCUGUGCGGAGAGAUAACGGACGGCGAGACGGUGAGACUGCGUUUAUGUAACGGGUUACCUUACUCAGCUGCUGGACAGGAAGUGUUGCCGUGACAACGAGGAUGGUGGGGCAUCUGCAAGAGGUCCUUCAAGCAGCAGAAACACCUCAGAGACGCCACUGUCAGCGACUGCAGCCGAUGAGCUCGACUGACUUCAAUCCACUACCAGAACUUACCUCGGCAUGAGGACCAAGUUGGACCAGGUUCCAGUAUGGGUCGGUCGUACCAUCCCGCUGUCAGAUCUACAAUCCCACACCCUCCAUCCAGGAUCUCACCAGACCCUGAGCACCUUUGGACUUUUGGAUAGAAACCUGCAGUCUGAUCUCAGCACUAACUCAACUCUGCUUCGUCCCGCUCAGCAAACCUUUUUCACAGCAGCCUUUGUGCCGUGAAACACUCGGGUAAACACAGGUGUUACGAAUGAAGCCAGUUAAGGUUCAGUUCCAUUCAGAUCAAACAGACUCACAGUGCUGCUAUUGAGCACGUCUGCUACGUUAUAAUAUAAGCUCUGGUUCUUGAACCGGUUCCUUGGUUCUAUCCAGUGGAACCUUUGUAAACAAAAGAAUGACCUGUACGCCCUCUUUGGUUCCCAAGCCAACCACUGUUAUAGGUCAGGGAACCAGUUCCGUUCAAGUUUAAGAACUUGAACCGUUCUGAGCAAUUUGACCAAAAAUAAAUUGGUUCAGAACCUUAAAAGUGUUUUCCUUGGGAACCCACUUCGGUUCCAGAGGAAACUAAUAAACAGAUUUAUUUUUGGUCGAAAUGCUUCGAAUGGUUUAAAACUUGGUGUGCGAACCACUACGGAGCCGGUUCCGUAUUGGUAGAAAAAACAAAGAAAUGGAACCGAUCCUUGAUUAGUAUCAUUGGUAACACCUUCGUUUACCUGACUGUUCCAUGUCUACAUAGCUGCUGUGAAAAAGGUCUGUUGUACUGAACUCAAACCUCUUCUUACAACUCAAAGCUGUUUUGACUCAGCUUUCAAUCGUCCUGUUGCUCCUGUUAACGCUCGGGUUCUCAUCUGAAACGUUCCCGACAGAACGUCCUUGUUUGCACUAGAUUCCUGUUUUAUUCAGUUGUAUUUGGUUUUAUUUGGUUUUAUUCGGUCUUAUUCUGCCUACACAACCAGACUCACCUCAGCUGGACAGAAACCUUCAGCCGCUCACAUUCAGACUGUACAACGUGGGUUCUCCUGAAGCUCUGAGGUGACUCUCCUGGUUUCUGACAGGAUUACGAGACGGAUCGCUGCUUUAAAGAGAGUCAGUGGUGGAAACUAACGAUAGAAACUGAUCUGGGACUGAAUGUCUCCUCCUUGUUCUCGCAGGACGGCAUGUUUGGACGAUGGAGGCAUGUCCUGAAGCCUUCGUGGACAGCGGCUGUUCAACCAGAUGCCGAAUGUGUUUUAUGUUACAUGAUGUGUAAUAAUAUCAGUGAUAAUAAUAUUCCAGUAUAUUUAUAUUGUAUAAGCUACCGCCCCGUGUGCAAUAUGUACAUACUGAAAGAAUAAAGACACACGUUUGAUAUA